GCAUGAACAAAGAUCAGGGUUCAAUUCCCAGCAACACAUAAGCAAGGUAGGUGGUGAGGCAGGCAGGAAGAGCAGAGGUUAAGGUCAUCUUGGGAUACAUACCUUAAGGGCAGCCUGGGCUACAUGAGACCCUGUCUCAAAGAAAAACUGUUAAAUACAUGCCUUUCUACCACACUGGUUAGGGAGAGUAGGUUUUACACUCAGUGUAAAAGCAACUCUCAUCUUACCAUCACUAUAACACCACUAUUUUCUUCAAAGCAGUGGGGAUUACCUCAUUUUGUAUUUUCCUAGCUGUACACUUACACCUUUAAGGUAUAAGUCUUCAUGAAAACAGAGACUGUUUUGUCUUGUCUGUAACUGUCUUCAGCAAGCCAAACAAUAAACAUUUGUUGAACGAAUGUUCACAGCUUAUACUAUGGGCCAGACACUAUAUUCGGCUUUUACAAGUAAUAACUGUUACACACCAAUUCAGUAAGGUCAAUACUGUUUUCUAUUUCUCAACUGAAUAAGACAGAGCAGUUGAGUGGCCUCCCCAAUGUUGGGACUCCCAGGAAAUGUGCUUGUCCUGUAUCCAAAUGGAUGGAUGGGUGAAUAGGCCGAAUGUGAACCUGCAACGCCACAGAUCUCCCUCCAGGGGGCGCUCCCCGCCACGUCUUCACGCCAGUCCCUCGAAGCACGCACUCCUUUUGCGUCUCGGGCUCGCGCGCGCUGCCGCGGCACCGGAAGUGACUCCGCUUGCAAGUUCCCCCGGUCUCUUCAGGGGAAACUGAGUCCGGCUUCUCCGGGAGACUCGGCGCGAGCAGUCAGCCAGGUAGGCCGGCCCAAGUCCGCGGCGCACAGCUCGGCCGCGAAGAGCCCUGGCGUCUGGAACCCACCAGGCCGAUGAAGGGGGGAUGUGGCCCCCCACGGCUGGCUGGGCUCGCAGGUGAGAGCGCCGCCUCCCGUGUCUGACAGGCGCCGUGCCCAAUGGGAGCCUUCGCCGUCCCGCUUCCGCGCCGACCCGACUCUCUGAUUGGCUACGAACCUUAUCUUGGCUUUGGAUCUUGGAAGAGGAUCAUUAAGCACAGACCAGACCCCGGGAGUGAGCAGGUGUUUUGGACAAUGGACUGGUUGAGCCUAUCUCUAUUAUAAAAAUGUCUCAGAGCAACCGGGAGCUGGUGGUUGACUUUCUCUCGUACAAGCUUUCCCAGAAAGGAUACAGCUGGAGUCAGUUCAGUGAUGUCGAAGAGAACAGGACUGAGGCCCCAGAAGGAACUGAAUCAGAGAGGGAGACCCCCAGUGCCAUCAAUGGCAACCCAUCCUGGCAUCUGGUGGACAGCCCCGCGGUGAAUGGAGCCACUGGCCACAGCAGCAGUUUGGAUGCCCGGGAGCUGAUCCCCAUGGUUGCAGUGAAGCAAGCGCUAAGAGAGGCUGGGGAUGAGUUUGAACUGCGGUACCGGCGGGCAUUCAGUGACCUAACAUCCCAGCUUCAUAUAACCCCGGGGACAGCAUAUCAGAGCUUUGAACAGGUAGUGAAUGAACUCUUCCGAGAUGGGGUAAACUGGGGUCGCAUUGUGGCCUUUUUCUCCUUUGGCGGUGCACUGUGUGUGGAAAGCGUAGACAAGGAGAUGCAGGUAUUGGUGAGUCGGAUCGCAAGUUGGAUGGCCACUUACCUGAAUGACCACCUAGAGCCUUGGAUCCAGGAGAACGGCGGCUGGGACACUUUUGUGGAACUCUAUGGGAACAACGCAGCAGCUGAGAGUCGGAAAGGCCAGGAGCGCUUCAACCGCUGGUUCCUGACGGGCAUGACUGUGGCUGGUGUGGUUCUUCUGGGUUCACUCUUUAGCCGGAAGUGACCAGACACUGACUACCCAUUCACCCUCUGCCCCCACCCUGCCCCCAUCACAACUUCUUCAGCCACCAUUGCAACCAGGAGAACCACUACAUGCAACUCAUGCCCCUCCCCCAUCACAGGGUUGGGACCAGUCUGAGUGCCCUGCAGUUAGCUUUCUAGAACCUACCACGCUUCUAUAAGAGCCACCUUCCCCCACAUCUCAGUUCACUUGGCCUCAGAAUUUACAAGGUUCCCCCCAAGUCUGCCCCUUGGAAGCCGGCAGGGGUGGGAGGGGUGUGCUGGGGGCAAGAGGGCCCAGCAAGUAGUGGGACCCUCCUUACCCCUGAGCCUCAUGGGAAGGCUUUUCUGGCAGGGAGCUGGAAAGCCUUCUAAACCUCUUCCCCAGAAAGACUAGAUUGCCUUUGUUUUGAUGUUUGUGGCCUCAGAAUUGAUUGUUUCCCAUCCCCCUGUGGCCCUGGGCCCCCCCUUCCCAUCUCCACCCCCAAGAGCCAUCAGAGACCCCUUUGACUUAUUAGAAAUUCAGGCUGCUUGGGAUAAAGAAACAAGGACCAGGCCCUCCUCCCCACCUCUGGCCUGGUGACAGUCCUCAAUCCUGGUCUGAAUGUUGUCAGAAGCCUCUGGCUAGAGGCCAGCCCCGCCCAGGAGGAGGGGCCCAGCUGCAGAAAGUAUCCUUGCUAGAGCUGGAGUGGCUCUUGCAGCUUAGCACCACCCUGGUCCCUUCUCAGCCCCUACCCUGGCUCCCAUGACCAUGACUGAGGGACCAACUGGGCCCAAGACAGGUGCCCCAGAGCUGUUUAUGACUUCAGCUGCCUCACUUCCUGCAAGAUCAGCCUGUGGCAUCUUUGCCUUGGGUGCUGGCCAUGGGGUCCAGGGGCUCAGGCCUCCACUCAGGAGUGAAGGGGAGCUGUAUGGAGCAGCUGUGGGGGCCCUGGGGUCUUCCCUACCUCAGGCAGGAAGGGCAGGAAGGAGAGCCUGGUGCACAGGGCUUGGGUGAGGAGGUUGGAGGGGCCUGUACUACCCAGCCAGGUACAUUGUGCCCUGCCCCCACCCAGCCUGGGCAGCAGGGCUGUCAAGGUCAGAGUGGCCUGGCCAGAGCCCUUCAGGCCUCUCUCCUGCUCCACCCUCGGCCUGUCUCAUCCCUUGCGGGGGUCCCAGCCCAGCUCUGGCUACCCCAGGCUCUCUGCUGUACAUAUCCGAGACUAGUUUUUAUUCCUUGUGAAGAUGAUAUACUAUUUUUGUUAAGCGUGUCUGUAUUUAUGUGUGAGGAGCUGCUGGCUUGCUGUGCGCGUGCACGUGUAGAGCUGGUGCCCGGAGACUGACAGCCUGAUGCUCCCUCCCUGCCCUUGCCCAGGGAAGCCCACUGGGGGUCCUGGCUUCUGAGGGGCACCUGUCCCUCCCCUGCUCCUACCUGACACUUGUUCCAGCUCUUUGAAAUAGUCUGUGUGAAGGUGAAAGUGCAGUUCAGUAAUAAACUGUGUUGACUCUGUGAACCACA